UUUGCUUUUUCACACAGGAAGUGUAUCGUCGUCCUCUUCCGCUGGAGCUCCGACGCCUGAUACACGAGUGUUCACUUUUUCUCUCUAUACGGGAGGCGCAGUAAACAUACUGGACCGACUGGUGACACGUAGUUGACAAAAUGAAACCCAUCCUACUCCAGGGCCAUGAGAGGUCCAUCACUCAAAUCAAGUACAACAGGGAAGGAGAUCUGCUAUUCUCUGUAGCCAAAGACACAGUCACCAACGUUUGGUACUCUGUGAACGGCGAGAGGCUUGGUACCUACAAUGGACACACAGGAGCUGUGUGGUGUGUUGACUGUGACUGGGACACUAAAAACGUAUUAACAGGAUCUGCAGAUAACAGCUGUCGACUAUGGGACUGUGAGACCGGUAAACAGCUGGCUCUACUCAACACCAAUUCUGCUGUCAGGACAUGCGGCUUUGACUUCAGCGGGAAUAUCAUCAUGUUCUCCACAGACAAACAGAUGGGUUACCAGUGCUACCUGAACUUCUUUGACCUGAGAGAUCCACAGCAGAUAGAUGACAACCAGCCGUACCUGUCCGUGCCUUGCAGUGACCACAAGAUUACUAGUGCUGUGUGGGGACCUCUGGGAGAGUUUGUCAUUGCUGGACAUGAGAAUGGAGAGAUCAAUCAGUUCAGCGCCAAGUCCGGAGAGGUCCUGAAGAAGGCCAAGGAACACUCCAGGCAGAUCAAUGACAUCCAGCCAUCAGUGGAUCUCACUAUAUUCAUCAGUGCCUCCAAGGAUAACACGGCAAAGUUGUUUGACUCCACUUCUCUGGACCACAUCAAGACAUUCAAAACAGAGAGACCUGUCAACUCUGCUGCCAUCUCCCCCAUUAUGGAUCAUGUUGUGAUGGGAGGUGGACAAGAAGCCAUGGAGGUCACCACUACCUCCACCAGGAUUGGCAAGUUUGAGGCUAGGUUCUUCCAUGCUGCCUACGAAGAGGAGUUUGGCAGGGUCAAAGGUCAUUUCGGCCCAAUCAACUGUGUGGCAUUUCACCCUGAUGGCAAGAGUUACAGCAGUGGAGGAGAAGACGGAUACGUAAGGAUUCACUACUUUGACCCACAGUACUUUGACUUUGAACUAGAGGCGUAAACAGCCAGUCCCCUCAACCCCACAGCUUCAACUAACAUCAGGCUCGGUCCAGUCUGGAAGGAGGAGUAACAGACAGUGUAUUUACGAUCAGCUCACCUCAUCUCUCGUCUUUCCAGUGAUUGAAUUUAGCGUGUUUGCUUCUCACAGAUUGCUUCAAAAUAAAGGAAGAGAGGUCAGGAGAGGUUUGUGACUGCAUCUUUGUGACAAGUGUGUUUUUUAAAGCAAUUUUUCCAACAUAAUUUGGAAACUCUUGGUAACAUCAGGAACAGCUGGAUUUCAAUUUUUGUACCCUGGAUGUGCAAAGAUUUUGCGACUGGACUUUAAAUCCCAUACUCCUGAAUCCUUAAGUGUAUUUAAUUUGAUAAGAGUUUGAAUUAUUGAUGCAUUUCUGUUUUGAAACCAUUCCACCAUAAAACUGCUUAAUGGA